UGGGCCAGGCUGGCCUCCCCGCCCCCUCCCUGGAAAGGAAAGGCCCUGGCGACAACAGAGCCAGACCCGCUAGUCCCGAUCUCCCGAUCAGGGGCAGUCAGGAGACCGACUGUCCUGUGCCCACCCGGGGACCCGGGCCCGCCAGGCUGGUUGGUAUGCCCUUUGCAAAGCCUGCGCCAGGGACGAGACAGGCUCAACCUUCAGAUUCCCAGGGUCUCUCCGUCGCCAUUGCUGUCGCCCGAGGCCCCAACGGCUCUACCAGAUUGUUGUGGAGGCCUCUCACCGGCACAGAUCUCCUCCGUGACCAUGUCUUCCAUUAAGAUCGAGUGUAUUUUGCCGGAGAACUGCCGGUGUGGUGAGUCUCCAGUGUGGGUGGAAGCGUCCAACUCUCUGCUCUUCGUAGACAUUCCUGCAAAAAAGAUUUGCCAGUGGGAUUCGCUCACCAAGCAAGUACAGCGAGUGACCGUGGAUGCCCCAGUCAGCUCUGUGGCUCUUCGCCAGUCGGGAGGUUAUGUUGCCACCAUUGGAACAAAGUUCUGUGCUUUGAACUGGGAAGAACAAUCAGUAAUUGUCCUGGCCACAGUGGAUAACGACAAGAAAAACAAUCGCUUCAAUGAUGGGAAGGUGGAUCCUGCCGGGAGGUACUUUGCUGGCACCAUGGCUGAGGAAACAGCUCCAGCAGUUCUUGAGCGACACCAAGGGGCCCUGUACUCCCUCUUUCCUGACCACCACGUGAAAAAGUACUUUGACCAGGUGGACAUCUCCAACGGUUUGGAUUGGUCGCUAGAUCACAAAACCUUCUAUUACAUCGACAGCCUGUCCUACUCCGUGGAUGCCUUUGACUAUGACCUGCAGACAGGACAGAUCUCCAACCGCAGAAGUGUUUACAAGCUGGAAAAAGAAGAACAAAUUCCAGAUGGAAUGUGUAUUGAUGCUGAGGGGAAGCUCUGGGUGGCCUGUUACAAUGGAGGAAGAGUGAUUCGUUUAGAUCCUGUGACAGGGAAAAGACUUCAAACUGUGAAGUUGCCUGUUGAUAAAACAACUUCAUGCUGCUUUGGAGGGAAGGAUUACUCUGAAAUGUAUGUGACCUGCGCCCGGGAUGGAAUGGACCCCGAGGGUCUUUUGAGGCAACCUGAAGCUGGUGGAAUUUUCAAGAUAACUGGUUUGGGGGUCAAAGGAAUUGCUCCCUACUCCUAUGCAGGAUGAGGACAGGUCUUUCCUGCCAGAGGGAGCUCUGAAGACAACUAGAGAAUUCUGGGGCUAAAAUUUCAAUCUAGUUAGAAAAAUGAGGCAAGGAUCUUAUUAACAGGGCUAAAUUUUAAUUUACAACUUUUAAAAGGUAGCGCAUUUUUUAACAAGGAGCGACAGGUGGUUCUGAUAACACACUGUAAGGCUUUCCGUAAAAGGUACUAUAGAAUGACAUAGAAUCGUUCAACUGUCAGUCAGUCUCUUGAUUCUUUGUAAAUUGCCGGGGUGGGUGGGUACGUAUCUCUUCUUGAUUCUGCAUUUCAUACCUAACUAUAUUAAAGCUUCAAGGAACAAUAAAUAGUAACCUGGUAAUGA